AGUGAAAAAUAGUAAUUUUACAUAUGUUCAAUGUAGUUUUUCUAUUUUUAUGUUGUAUGUUUCAUAUUAUUUAUAAUUUUUGAAAAUUAGUAAUAUUAAAAUGUAAAACUAUAUUUUAUGCCACGUGUCAUCUUUCGGGAGAAUUUUUUUUGCUGAUGUGGACGCUCUAUGGAGCCUCAAAAGGUCCCUUUUAUUAGUAAGGAUUUUCGUAAAUAAGAAUCGUUGCAUUCGUGAAAAAUAAAAUGGAAAGUUGAUAUAAGGAUGAAAAUUAUAAAUCAAAAAGAUAAGGGGAAGAAACAUAAAUAUACAAAAGCAGCGUUCUCCCAACGAUCUUCGGUUGUCUUUAAGAACUCUCUCAAUCUCUUAUAUACCUCGUCUCCGAUAUUUUUGCUACACGUUUAAUCCAUUUUCCAGGAAAUUUUCUAUAGAAAAUUUUGAAAUUAAGGUUUCCCAUUUCAGACAUAGAAAUGAAUCUUACCCUAACAUUUGCUAGUUCAUUUUGAUAUAAUCGAAACUUCCAGAACAUGUUAUUAUUUCAGAAACAAACUAUCUUCAUAUGAUUGAAUAAGAUGGCGAUUGAGGAAGAACAUUGAAUGUUAUUUGGUUUUGUAAAAUAUAUUUUCUGCAGAGUUUGGAGAUAAUAAUGUCCAAAACUCAAAUCGAAUCAUUUUCUGCAUCUCUUCUGCAAGAACUUGAGAUUAUAUGGGACGAGGUUGGAGAAACCAAAACCGAAAGAGAAAAGAUUUUGAAUGAGAUUGAAGACGAAUGCAGAAACAUUUAUAUUGGUAAAAUCGAAAAGGUUAAAGAGGAGAGGAGUCGGCUAAGACAAGACAUUGUUGACUCAGAAGCAAGAGUGAUUGAUAUAUGUUCUGUAAUGGAAGAGCCAUCAGGUCCUGGAAGACAACAACAAUCUGAUCAAUGUGGAAGAAAUUUGAAAGAAGAGUUAGGAAAGAUUCUUCUGAAACUUGAAGAUAUGGAAAAGAGAAAAUCAGAGAGGAAAAAUCAGUUUAUUCAAGUGAUCGAAGAUAUAAAAAGUGUAAGAGAUGAGAUUAAUGGUGAAUCUGAUGAGACUUGUUCAUCUGAUUUUCCGGUUGAUGAAUCCGAUUUAUCUCUUAGAAAGCUUGAAGAGUUACAUAGAGAGCUUUACACACUUCAAGAACAGAAGAGGAACCGGAUGAAACAGAUUCAAGAUCAUCUAAGAACUCUGGAAUCGCUUUGUUCGGUUCUUGGUUUGAAUUUUCGAGAAACUGUUACCAAGAUUCACCCAAGUUUAGUAGAAUCUGAAGGGUCAAGAAGUAUAAGUAAUACAACACUUGACAAGUUAGCUUCAUCAGUGAACCAAUGGCACGAAACAAAGAUACAAAGAAUGCAAGAACUUCAAGAUCUUGUGACCACAAUGCUUGGGUUUUGGAAUUUAAUGGAUACACCAGCAGAAGAACAACAAAAGUUCAUGAGUAUUUCAUGUAAUAUAGCUGCUACUGCUUCUGAAAUAACUAAACCUAAUAGUCUUUCCACAGAUUUGCUUGAAGAGGUUAAAGCCGAGGUAUGUCGGUUAGAGGAGUUAAAAUGGAGCAAAAUGAAAGAACUUGUUUUAAAGAAGAGGUCAGAGCUUGAAGAGAUAUGCAAAAGAACACACAUUGUUCUUGAAGAGCAAGAUAUUGCGGUGGAGAAUGUAAUUAAAGCCAUUGAAUCAGGAGACGUGAACCCUGAAAAUAUACUAGAACAUAUCGAGUAUCGAGCUGGGAAAGUGAAAGAGGAAGCUUUAAGCAGAAAAGAGAUUCUUGAAAAAACUGAAAAAUGGUUGAAUGCUUGUGAGGAAGAGACUUGGCUUGAAGAGUAUAAUCAGGAUGAAAACCGGUACAAUGCUGGAAAAGGAUCUCACCUAAUACUCAAACGUGCAGAGAAAGCUAGAGCACUCGUUAAUAAACUUCCAGCUAUGGCUGAAGCAUUAGUUUCCAAGAUUACAACAUGGGAAUCAGAGACAGAAGCUGAGUUUCUAUUUGAUGGUAAUCGUCUACUUUCAAUGUUAGAAGAGUAUACAGAACUCAAAGAAGAGAAAGAACAAGAACGUCGCAGGAGAAGAGAACUGAAGAAACUUCAAGGUCAAGUUACACCAGAACAAGACAAAGGAACCCCUACUAAGCAUCAAAGCGCGAAAAAGAGUCUUAAAGUAUCAACUAACAAGAGAUUUGGAUCAUCUCCUCAAACUCCUCGAUCUGAUUCUCCUCAUUCAGCAAAAUCUUUUACAUCUCAAUCACGCCAUGCCUGAAAAUAUGGAGCAACAACUUAAAAGUAGUCUUUUUAGUUCACUUUUAUUCAACUAAAAAGAAUCUAUAGGAGUGAUUACAUGAAGACACCUCAACUAUGUUCUUAACAACACCAUAUAAACAAAAGAGAUCAGAAAGAGAGAGUUGUCUAGAAACUAAGUCAUCAGCUUUUUUUGUUGGUAAUAUGUUAUGAUAAGUCACCACUUUUGUUAAACCCUUCG